AUGAGUACGCAGACUAGUGAUGUCGAAUCCACGGUCGUCGUCUCGAUACCGCGACGGCCACACACGAAAUCAAGGUCUGGGUGUCUUGAUUGCAGAAGACGCCGGGUUAAGUGCAGCGAAGAGAAACCUGAGUGCCGUGCCUGUCGUCGGCGGGGAGUCGAAUGCCAAUAUCCGCCAUCUACAUAUCGCCGUUCACCAGUUAGCCAACACGCUGAUGAAGCCUCGCCUGCUUCAGCUUCAACUUCAACUUCAACGCCCGGACAGCCAUUGAUCCAGUGCCAGUGCCAGUGCCCAUGUCAUCAUUUCUCACCAAUCCCUAAUCUCUCUCUACUUUCGCGUCCUGCUAUAACCGCGACGCCAUUAUACGAACAAUCUCCUGUCAUCUUUAGCAUCGAAGAGAUGGCCCUUUUCCAACAUUGGACUCUUCACACUAGUCUCGACAUCUAUAAGAAUUCGAGCUUAUCCUCUAUCUGCCAAGUCGAAUUUUCUCAAUCAGCAUUACAACACCCAUUUGUCAUGCACGCUGUCCUCAGUCUAACUGCCGCUCAUAUCGCGUAUCUGAACCCUGAAAAGAGGCUUCGGUAUAUAGCUAACGCUGCUCAUUACCAUAACGAAGGUCUAAAAGGGUUUAGGGAAGCUAUAGCCCAGAACGACGAUAGAAUAGCUGAAGCCCUGUUCGUUUGGUCGGCCCUGAAUCUAUUAUACGUCUUUGGUGUCUCUGGCAGACUGGGUGAAAGCCUAUGUGACGACUUGGACUGGGGCAUUGUCACGGUCUUGGAAUCAUAUGAGUCUUUCCAUACCCCAAGCUCCACGCCUUUACAAAACAUCCUGUCGGUUGGGAAUCUUGAAGAAAUACAACCCCCUGAUGAAGCCACUGAUGCUGAAGAUGAGCAGUUCUGUCAGUUGAGGAGUAUCUGGGAAAAUAAUAAUAAUGCGUCGAUUUAUGAAAACACUCUGCAGGCUCUCAGGCAAUGUCGGUUCUUUAUGGAACAAUUUUCUGAUAAAGCUACUAAAGAUGCUGGGGAUUUUGAUAGAACUUGGCAAGGAGCAUUUGCGUUUGUUGGUUUAGCCCCUAAGGAAUACUUUCCUCUGCUACAUCAGAGACAGCCCCCAGCCUUGAUCUUAUAUGCGUUUUAUGGAGGGUUACUGUACUCACUUGAUGAUUGUUGGUUUAUGGAAGGAUGGGGCUAUGAUAUUGUAGAAGUAGUUAAUAAUUUGCUAGGUUCUUAUUGGGAAAGUUGGAUAGCAUGGCCAGUCAAAGCUGUUAACUUAAGAAAGGACAAAAGUAAACUAAUAAGCUAUUAA